AGUGACGACCGCCUCACUCUGUCCUUGCCUCCGGUCUCUCCCCCUCCAGCCUUAGUCGUGGGUCUUCUCCUCUGUUUGAAGAGUGUACUCCUCUGCGCCAGCCUCACUUUGUCCUCGUCUCGGCCAGUUGGAGAAGGUGUUUUUCGGUUCAGAUCUCAAGUAAGAAUUAAAUGAAGGGUUACGGGCUACAGUUGCGGGUGAAACCAUCACAGCAGCAGAAAAAGCAGCCAGGGAGGCCUCCUCUACCAACGCCACUUGGAUUUCGUGAUGAUGACGAUGAUAAUGUUGAGUCAGAGAUUUCGCGACAGGCCAGCAAGAACAAGUCUCUCAAGGAAAUUGAGGAGCAGCAUAAGAAAGCAUUGGAAGAGGAUCCAUCGGUGUUUGACUAUGAUGGAGUUUAUGAUGAGAUGAAAGGGAAAGUUGCUAGACCACGUGCACAAGAUCGUGAAGAGAGAAAGCCAAAGUACAUUCAAAAUUUAAUCAAGAAAGCAGAAGAACGGAAGCAGUCGCAGGAGAUAGUAUAUGAAAGAAAGCUUGCUAAAGAGAGAAGCGAAGAGGACCAUAUCUAUGCAGACAAGGACAAAUUUGUGACUAGUGCUUACAAGAAGAAGCUUGCAGAGCAGGCGAAAUGGAUGGAGGAAGAGCGCUUGCGUGAACUUCGUGAGGAGAAAGAAGAUGUUACCAAGAAGACGGACUUGAGUGAUUUUUACUUCAACCUGGAAAAGAAUGUUGCAUUUGGUUCACAUAAGGCGUUGUCUAGGAAGCCUCAAGAGCGGGCUGAAUUAAGGAAAGCAGAGGAUCAAGACGGUAAAGUUCCUGCUGAUACAUCGGCAAGAAGUCAUCCACUCAAAGACAUGAAUCUGCCACCGGAUUCUUCCCCGUUGAAAGAAAGGCAUGCAGGUGAAACAUCAUCUGAUUCUAAGAGUAUUUCCGAGGCAAACCCUGUUGCAGACAAGCAAAUUUCUGACACUUGUGUACAAGAUGGAACUUAUGUUGAACAACCUAGUGCAGAUCAACAAAUGCGUGACCGCCACAAACGGAAUGAAGAUGCAGUUGCUUCUGCCAAGGAACGUUUUCUGGCACGGAAGAGGGCUAAAGAACAGUAAAGUACUAUCACCCCCUUUAUUUGAGCAUGUCAUAGGGGGUUUAGAGUUGAGCAAUAAUGUAUAUUUUCAUGCAACUGUUUGAGGUCAACUUCCCCGAUGCUUGUUUUUCUUUUCCAUGGGAAAAACAUUUGAAAUAGGGAGAUAGUAACCAUUUGCAUGAUCUGGACUGUAUCAAAAAUGCAAUCCAAGACUUCCUCCCAUAAAGUUCCAAGUAAAAAAGCAAUCAUAUCUUUUCA